GAAAAGCACCAGCCGGCCCCCACGAACCAACCCAGCCUCUUCCUUCUUCACCCCAACCACCCAAACAACUCCACCUCCUAUGGCGUCACCCUCGGCCACCGCCCACCUACCGGACCCGCGCCGCGUACUCAUGCCCGCACCACCCCGACCAACCCCCAUCCCGGUGCUGCACCUCCUCCCCACACCCCGCCCCUCCCCCAAGCGACGGUCCGGCCCGCGACAUUCUCCACUCGCCGACGAGCCACCGCUCCACAGGACACCGAACAGCCACGAGCCGACGUCGGAUCAAGGCUGUUGCCACUGUUCGGUUGGCACUACCAUGAGGUUCACUGGCUCUUGCUUGAAGUAUGCCAUGGUUGAAUGUUUAUCUAUGGGGCGCAAAACAAUGUGCAUUCCUUUCUUGCUGCCGUACAGAUCAUGGGCACAUGUGGGUCGCUUGCUUGUUGAUUUGCAGCUCACUUCAUCAAUGAAAUUAUGUGCGAAAAUAACGGGUAGCUCACUUGUCCUCGUCCUUUGCAUUCUAAACACAAGUGGUGUACAACUAUGACUGUAAACCUUUUUAAUUUUGCAUUUUCCGUUUGGCAUCAUCCCGUGCAGUUCGUAUACAGGAAAAACAAUAUAAAAAUACAGUUCACUAAAUAGUGAAAAAAAAUAUUUCCUUGUUCAUGUUUGAA